AUGUUCAUAACUCCAGGAUUGAAAAGCAGCCCCUAGAAGAAUUGUAAUAACUGUAAGAUACCAUAGCGUCACCCGUUACGUAAAACACAGGAAUUACUGAGGCAAUGCCUUCCCGACAGAAGGUAUUAGAUGAAUUUAGAAAGCGGUUGUUCUCGAUCAAAAAUUGAAGGUACCUAUCGAUGAGGACAAUGAGCAUACUCGAAGGGUUCAGAGUUCAGGGACGAUGGGAGGUUGAAACUUGGGGGUGUCCGGCGAGUCAAGUUCGUGAGGAAAAAGAAAUAGGAACGAGACCGUUCUCGGUGACAGUGGCGAAGAGAAAGAGAGAAAGAGAUUCGCCGGUGGGUCUCAUCAGCAUAGGUGAUGGGUCGAGAUGCGAGUGGGGCCAGGGCCGGUAUAAAAGGGGCACCGUGGCAUCUGCGGAGCAUCAGUCCUCAAAUCCAAGGAACAGCAGCAACCAUGAGGGCAUUCAUGAUCGUGGUGCUCGCCGCUUCGGCGAUGGCGCGACCAGAGGCCGGCUACUCGUACUCUCAGCCAAGCUCCAGCUAUGGUGCACCCGGAGGUGGUGGCGGCACCGGAAUCGGUGGCGGCCUAGGCGGUGGCGGCGGUCUCGGAGGUGGCUUCGGCGGUGGCAUCGGAGGUGGUUUCGGCGGUGGCGGCGGCGGUGGCUUCGGAGGUGGUUUCGGCGGUGGCGCUGGAGGCGGUUUCGGCGGUGGUGCCGGAGGCGGUUUCGGCGGCGGCGGCGGCGGUGGCUUCGGAGGCGGCUUCGGCGGCGGAUCUCUGAUCCAGAAACAUAUCUACGUCCACGUACCGCCACCAGAAGCCCCUGAAGACAGACCGGCGAGACCCAUCGCGCCUGUAGCGCCCGCGCAGAAACAUUACAAGAUCAUCUUCAUCAAGGCGCCCACUCCCCCGACCCCGACUGCUCCGGCUAUCCCUGCUCUUCCUCAACAGGAUGAACAGAAGACGUUGAUCUACGUUUUGGUUAAGAAACCAGAAGAAGCGCCCGAGAUCACUUUGCCCACUGUCACGCCCACGCAGCCCAGCAAACCGGAAGUUUACUUCAUCAAAUACAAGACCCAGGUAAGAGCUCUUUAU